GCGGGCCGGGCUGGGACAGGCGGGGGCAGACGGGGGGCAGCGGGCGGCGCCCGCACCGGGACCGGCACCGGCACCCAUGCACGGCGCGGAGGAGGCGGUGGCGGCGGGGGGGCCGCGGAUGAGCGCGGCGAGCACGCAGACGGAUAGCAUGGCCGGUCAAAUGCCAAGACUUUCUAAGGUCAAUCUUUUUACUUUGUUCAGUCUCUGGAUGGAGCUCUUUCCCUCAGAUGAGCAACAGAAAAAAUCACAGGUGAAGAAGAGUGGUCUGGUUGUGGUGAAAAACAUGAAGAUUGUUGGUCUUCAUUGUUCCAGCACAGACUUGCAUGCAGGACAGAUUGCACUCAUAAAACACGGAUCAAGGCUUAAAAACUGUGAUCUUUAUUUUUCUCGAAAACCAUGUUCGACUUGUUUAAAAAUGAUUGUAAAUGCUGGGGUGAACAGGAUUUCUUACUGGCCUGCAGAUCCUGAAAUCAGCUUGCAGAACGAGGCAUCCAAUCCCAUGACUACUGAUGAUGCAAAGCUAGAUGCCAAAGCGGUAGAAAGACUGAAGUCAAACAGUCGUGCUCGUGUGUGUGUGUUGCUUCAGCCCUUGGUGUGCUAUAUGGUGCAAUUUGUUGAAGAAACUUCCACCAAAUUUGAUUUUAUUCAAAAAAUAGCAAAAUCUCAGCCUGACUUGAAUACUGACUUUUAUACUGUGUGUAGACAAGAGAGAAUAAAAGAGUAUGAAAGUUUAUUCCUAAUUUCAAGUGAAGAAAUGCACAAGCAAAUAUUGAUGACAAUAGGACUGGAGAACCUCUGUGAAAAUCCAUACUUCAGCAACCUUAGGCAAAAUAUGAAAGAUCUUGUCUUGGUCUUGGCAACAGUCGCUGCCAGCGUCCCCGUCUUUGGAUGCUUUGGAUUUUACAACAGUGAAUCACGGCGAACAAAUGAAACAGACCAUCAGGAUUUGCCCCAAGAAAUUGCAAGGCACUGUAUGAUACAAGCCAGACUACUUGAGUACCGGACAGAGGAUCAUAAAACAGGAGUUGGAGCUAUUAUUUGGGCAGAAGAAAAAUCGAGAAGCUGUGAUGGAACAGGAGCAAUGUGUUUUGUAGGCUGUGGUUACAACGCCUUUCCUGCUGGAUCUGAAUAUGCCGAUUUUCCACACAUGGACGAUAAACAAAAAGAUCGGGAAAUCAGAAAGUUCAGAUACAUUAUACAUGCGGAGCAGAAUGCCUUGACAUUCAGGUGUCGAGAAAUAAAGCCAGAUGAGAGAAGCAUGAUAUUUGUGACAAAAUGUCCAUGUGAUGAAUGUGUCCCUUUAAUCAAAGGGGCUGGUAUCAAGCAGAUCUACGCAGGAGAUGUUGAUGCUGGAAAAAAGAAAGCAGACAUAUCCUAUAUGAAGUUUGGUGAACUUGAAGGUGUAAGCAAAUUUACAUGGCAACUAAAUCCAUUGCACGCUAAUGCCCUUGAGUUCCGUGACCCCACAGCCAGGGAAAAUGGGGUCCAGAAAACAAAAUCACUAGAUGACCAGCAGCACCAAAGCAAGAAACUGUGUCUUGGUCACUAUUGAAUAAUUAAGCACUUCUUCAGUCUUGAUCUGUACUUUUUAUAAUGCAGCCUGUUUGCACUUUCAAAUAAGGAAGAGUUUUAUUUAUUGUUUGGAGAGUGAUUUUUAGAAUAAGUUUAUUUAUUAUGUCUUUAAUGUUUUAAAGAAUUUGCUGAAGGUCUUUUUAAUUUAGAAGUUCCUGGCGAAAAAAUGCUGCUUGUAUUUUCUGUGAAAGUAACUAGGUGGCUAACACAUUGCAAAAAAUACUGGAAGUUUAUUACUGGUAGAUCUGAUUAAUAACAAAAUGGUAUCUUUUUUGCUUGGUAUAUGGAUUGAGGGAAUGGAUUUCUAAGUUCUGGGCUAGCAGAAUGCAGAAAUAAGCCCUAUUCUUCAAUUACAAUUAUCAAGGGAAUCUUCUAGGAAAUGGUAGAUAAUCACCAGCAAUUGUCGUUUCUGAAAGUGGCUUUUGCUUCUCAGGCUGCUUGUAUAAAGGAAACAAAGCCAUUGGGAUGGCAGUGGUUGCCAGGUAAGUGGUUUGGAGAUCAAGCUUGUCUCUCUUCUCAUACAUACCCUCUUCCCUCUGCCAUAGGAGGUCUGUUCUAUACAGUGGUACUUGCAUUGCAGCUCUGUGUGCUUCCUCAAGUGCAGCCCAUCUGAACUGAUGUAGACAAAAAUUAGCUUUGUUUUUUCUCAGCUUUUGGAUGCAGGCCUGAAAGAAUUUGGCUGUAUGCAUCGCACUGGCCCCUACAUACUCUGUGAAGACUGACAGCAUUUAGGUUUUGUUAAUCUUCACUAACAGGGUUCUGGGACUACAGAAGUUAAUAGAGUGCCAGUUGUCCUGUUGUUUCUUAGAUAGGAUCAUCUUUACCGGUGGAAUAGCCCGAAUCUUUUCAGGUGCCAGUCUCUUGCAUGUGGAGCAAGGGUGACUUUAAAUCAGCCAGUGAAACUGCAGUCUGACAUUGUUGCUAGUUUUGAGGGGGUGCUGGGUAGGUAACGGGUAACCAGAACAGGGAGUUGUACCCAGCAUCUUUUGAGAGAUAACUCUCCUUACUGCCAUCUGUUUGCUGCUUUGGAUAUGACCUCUAGCUGUUUGGUUUAGCAGAUGUUCCAAGACUUUCUGUUCAACUCCUCUGCUCAGCUCUUAAGUGCAAACACCUCAGACAUUUUUCUGCUGCCACUGGUAGGAUACAUAAAUGGCCUUUUCCCAGUUAUUUUAUUCAUCUUGUCUUUGCUGCCCUCCUUAAGGUCCUGGAAAAGGAAUAAUGUUUUAAGAUGCUGCUGUAGGUUCUGUUUGCUUCUUUCAGGCUUUGGAAAAGGUUGCAACUAGACAGUAAAGCUGUGAUCGGAUAGCAUGCAAAGCAUCCUUAAUGUGGCAUUAAUUAUACGGAGUCUGUUCUCACCCAGUUUAGCUACUGGUCCUGCAACUUAAGGUACAGUCCUUGAUGCCUGGAGCUGCAGCAAGGAGCUGUGAUUCUCCAUGGCUCAUAGUGUAACGUUGUUCUUGAGUACCUGGACUUCAGAACUGGGAAUGCUCGUAUCCUCUUACCACCAUGAGAAUGUGCUCUCCCUGGAGCUGGAGAAGCUGCUGUUUCUCUGAGCCUGGUUAGACUGAAGGCUGCUCUAGGGCUGCUGGUUGAGGGCAGUGAGUGCAGCGUUAGCAGCAGAAAUGUCACGAGGCAGCUGGCAGACCUCCUGCCUCGCUGCUGUCUUGCCAGGCAAGGUACACAUGGCUUCAUUUCCCAGGACCAUGUAGUGAGCGAAGGAUAAAAGUCUGACCCUGUUUGUCAACCAAGGGAAAGAUGGUGAAAUCCAUUUUUGCAUCACACCUCAAAAGAGUCCUUUUUCACAGUAGCUCACAAGGAAGCCACUUCACCAGGUCUUGUAAUCCAGUGCAGAGGAACCCGGGUCAUGAAUUUGCCAGCAGAUCCAGCUGCAAGAGCCCUGUGCCUUUCCUGUCAGAUUGAGAGUCUGGGGGCUGUGAAUUAAGUUGUUGGUUUGGAUGCUGUACAAGCCACAGAAAGACAGGGUUUUUUCCUCUCAUCAAGGAUUUAAUAGUUUCAUUGUUUGUAACUUCCAUAUGAGGUUAAAGUCAAAUGUUGGUGUUUCAUAAACAAGAUUAUAAUCUGGUUUUAAAUCAUAAAUAUUUUACUUUGGCAUACUUCCAUUCCCCCACCCCCAGCUUCUUGUAAGCAUCUUGUGUUAGAAUCAUUACUCCUGACUUUUUCUGCAGAUCAGAACAACACUGUCCAGAUUAAAAAGUCCACCCAACCCCACCCACUGAAAGCUUCUUGUUUCUAUAAUCUAUUGGCAAUGUUCUGCUACUUGAGUUAGGACCAGGGAAAAAAAAAAAAAACGGGCACGUUUAAGGCCCCUUCAAGUUUUACAGUGAUGAGUCAGCUGGUAUCAAAAUUGGUGAGGAAGUCUAUGUCUUCAUAGGAACAGCUGACAUUGAAAUGUCCCUGGAAAUGCCAUAGAUGGCCUGGGUACAGGGAGAGGUAUAUCAAGAUACAAGUCAAAUAUCACACACAUUAAAUAACUGCCCUGCAGUGAAUGCUGCUGGUAACCUGUACUUUGUGAGGAGUUAAGAUUCUACCUUUACUUUUUAUUGGUUUUUAAAAAGAAGAUUUUUGUACAAAACUUGGCAUGAAACUUGGAACUGCUCAUCAGGCUGAAGGCUUGGAAGUCUGGCUUUAUGCCUGUCUUGCCAUAUUUCUACAGAUUCCUCCAGAGGCUCACAAACUUCUGUAGGCUCUGAUUAUCAGUAUAACCCUAUUUCUUUAAUUUUUAGUGAGAUUACACAGUAGGGUCCUUAUCCUGGUCAAUAGGAACAAUGUGAAUGGGGUUUCUCUGUCAGCCUGUGGACUCUGUAGGUGCUGCUGUGUGUGUCAUCUGCUAACCAGGGAGAGUCACCAAAGACUGGACGUCUCCUGCAGUGCUUAUUUUGCAAAUGAACACUAGGAUGUUUGUUUUUCAUUAAAAAGAGCAAUGUAUUUAAAAUUAAGAAAUGUAAAAGUUAUAUACUUUGUAUAUUUUAUCAAAUUCCCAUAUGCAUUUUUUUGUCUCUUCAUUCCAGAGCAGUUAUUUUAAUUGUAGGCAUUAACUAGUAGUAAUGAUUUGGCCUCUUGACUGACAAUUACAGAAAUUCUCUGUUAAUUGUCUGCCUUACAGCAAAACAUGUUUUCUGCUAAUAAAUGAAUCGGACAGUAAA